AUGCGGUGCGAGGAGCGGGGAGUCGAACACCGCGGCGAGCAGGCGCUCCACCGGGCCCUCGUCGUCCUCGUCCUCGUCGUCGCCUGCCGCCUUCUUCUUGGCCGCCUCGGCCUUGAACUUGGCCUCCGCGGCCGCCGCCUCCGCGGCGUGCUUGGGCGCCCAGGUCGCAUCACGCACUGCCGCCGCCUCCGCCGCGUCGUUGCUCACCACCACGUUGCUGAAGUAGUAGUCGGAGUCCAUGGUCCACACCUCCAGGGCCACGCCGCCGAUGGAGCCGACGUGGGACAGCGGCGCGGCGUCCACAAAGUGGGCGGGGUUGGGGAUGUCGCGCGGCUUCCAGGGGCCCUUGUACGCCGGGUUGGCCACCUGAGGCCGGGUCCACUUGCCCUUGUAGGCCGGGUUGGGCUUGGUGGGACGCUUCCACUCGCCACAGCCGACGGAGCAGGCAGGGUUGGGGAUGAGCGGCGCCUCCCAGUCGCCAUCCUCCUCUGCGUCCCAGUCCUCGGGCUGGUGCGCGGCCGGGUCCUCGAUCUCGGCCGGCUCGGAGUCCAGCCAGCCCUCAGGCUUCACCGCGUCCUCGUCGGGGAUCUGCAGCGGCGCGUCCUCGUCCCAGUCCUCGGGCUUGACCGCGUCGGGGUCGGGGAUGCUGCGGUGGGGGUGGUGGAGCACAGAGUGGUGCGAGGGACAGGGCUACCACUAUGUCUGGAAGGCAGGGGCCCAGUGCAACACGUGUUGGAUGCGGGAUGCGACUGGGUCUUUGAAAGAGCGGAGGGGUGCCAUAUGCCACGGCAACUGUCCCCAAGCGUUGAAUGA